UUUUCGCAUCCCAACAGUUUGAACCAUGUCAGGGAAAAUUAUCUUCCUCGUUACGUCUGUGACCAACGUACCAGAGAAGGACAUUGAAAUCGGCUUCUGGCUGCCAGAAUUUGCAGAUCCAUAUUUCCUACUAUCUGCCAAGUACCAUAUAGUCGUUGCGUCGCCAAAGGGAGGGGCCACCGUACCAGAUCCUACUUCCAUACAGCUAUCGAUUGAAGACCCAAAUGCAAUGGCAUUUCUGAAAGAAAAGAAGGAUGUAUACCAGCAAACAAAAAAGCUUAGCUCCUUCCUUGGAAAAGCAAACGAGUUUGAUGCGCUUUAUGUUGUUGGUGGCCAUGGGCCGAUGUUUGAUCUCGCCUUUGACACGGAAUCGCAGGCUCUAACCGCAGAAUUCUGGGAACAAGGUAAAAUCGUUGCCGCCGAUUGCGCGGGUGUGGGAUCUCUAGCCAACGUGAAGCUUUCUUCGGGGGAGCACUUGCUUAGGGGCUUCUCAAAAGCGGAGGUAGAUGCUCUUGGGUUCGGCAAUGUCGUACCAUUUUUCUUGGAAGAUAGGCUAGUGGCUGAAAGUGGUGGCUAUGAGAAAGCACCCUCAGUGUGGGAACCACAUAUUGUAACGUCUGGAAGGCUGAUCACUGGCCAAAAUCCAGCAUCUGCUGCUGGUGUUGCUGAAGCUAUUCUUGCAGCACUAGCCUGA